AUGAUGAAUCAGAUUCAUGCAGAAAGAAGACUGCUCCCAUUGGGUUUAAGUGAUGAAGAAAGAAGAGAAGAAGAAAACAGAAUGAUAAGAACCAACCUCCCUCCCCAGAAAAUCCCAAAACUUGGUGUGAACAAAUAUUUUCCCACAGUUUGCUGCCACCAGGGAUUGCUUCCUGAGAUAAACCAGAGAAUUGCAGAAGAGUCUCCUCUUUCCCCCAAACUGGACAAAUAUAAGCUGGCAAGAUUUUUAGCUGACAAGGCAAUCAGGGAAAAGAAAAUUUUUACCAUCUGUGGACCCUACCCAGUAAUUCGUAGAAGUUUAAGGAAAAAAGGAUGGGUGGAGAGAAAGUUUUCCAUAAGAAGUGACUUACAGGACAAUAAAGAUGACGAGUGUGAUGCUGAUUGUGAAGAUGGUGGGAAGAAUGGCAAAAGAAAUGUCUUGUGUGAAGAAGUUUCUGGCCUUGACAGUUCAGAUGACAUUCAUGAUGUAAUGUCUAGGUUGGUAAGAAAUGAAGAGACAUCCUUUUUUUGGACUAUAAAAAAGGAUGCAAUUAAUUACCAUAACCUACAUUGUGAUCAGAUGUUGAAUCAUUAUGCGAAAACUGGCUCCUUUACAACUAAAAUUGGACUUUGUUUGAAUCUGAGAAAUUUGCCAUGGUAUGUUCCAGCAAAUCCAAAUACCUUUUCCCCCCGCUGCUAUGGUAUUUGCAUGGAUGAUGAGAAACAUGAUUUUAUAGAGGACUUCAGGAAUACAGCAGCGUGUAGCAUACUCAAAUGGGUCAUCAGUCUUAAUGCCUGUGAUAAAAAAACACAGAAGUCUAAAGGAAAAAUUAAUAAAGAAGAUGUAGGCCAGAAGAAAGAUCCUGUAGAUUCUGAUGAAAAGGAAAUCAAGCAACUUCCUGGAAAACUAAUAGACAUGGCUUGCCAGGUUUGUGAAACCUACCUUGGGCAGGUGGAACACGAGGACAUUGACACAGCAAUGGAUGCUUCUGCAGUUCUUAGUGAGGAGGAAUGGAAAGACUUAAUUGAACAGUACUACUGUCUCAUUCAUGAAGGUGCUGUCAUUUGUAGUGCACAUAAUUACAUUACACAAUGUCAAAAGAUUCUGAGCAAAAUCAUGUCUACAAACCCACAGCAAGACAUAGACGGUAACCACAAUAUCUGGAUUAUUAAACCAGGAGCAAAAUCUCGUGGCAGAGAAAUAGUGUGCAAAAAUAGACUGGAUGAUAUUCUGAAGCUAGUAGAAGCAACAGAUCAAUUUCCAGUAAAGGACCACAAGUGGGUGGUACAGAAGUACAUUGAGACACCAUUGCUAAUUUAUGAUACUAAAUUUGAUAUUAGACAGUGGUUUCUUGUCACUGACUGGAACCCUCUGACUAUAUGGUUCUAUAAAGAAAGCUAUCUGAGAUUUUCUACACAACGUUUCUCCUUAGACAAUCUAGACAGCUCCAUUCAUCUUUGCAAUAAUUCUAUCCAGAAACAUUACAAAAAUGCUGCAGACCGGAAUCCUCUAUUGCCAUGGCACAAUAUGUGGACAAGCACCAAAUUUCAGGAGUACUUACAAAAGAGAGGUCGAGGCAAUAUGUGGCGAAAUGUUAUCUAUCCGUCCAUGAAAAAAGCCAUUACCUACACCAUGAGGAUGGCUCAAGAGAGCGUUGAAGCCCGGAAGAGCAGUUUUGAGCUGUAUGGGGCAGACUUUAUUCUUGGAGAAGACUUUAAACCAUGGUUGAUUGAAAUCAAUACUAGCCCAACAAUGUUCCCUUCUACACCCGUCACAGCAGAGCUAUGUGCGCAGGUACAAGAAGACACAAUUAAGUUAGUUACUGAGAAGAAACGUGACAAAAACUGGGACACUGGAAAAUUCGAACUUCUCUGGAGGCAGCCUCUUUUGGAUCUGCCGCCGUUCAAUGUUACAGACCUUUUUGUGGAAGGAGUUGGUAUUAAGAGAUCAAGGCAGAAAGCUGCUCCCAUCACUAAUUUUAAUUUUCUUGACACAUUAGCAAGAAUACCACAGACAACUGAGUAUGCCUCACCCAAUCAUGAAAAACAAGGAGAAUCAAUAGGAACUGUAAAUAACAAGCAAAACAUCAAAAUGAAAAUUGAAAAAGCUAUUUUUUGCACUUUACCUAAGCCUCUCAAGAGGCCACCAGGGAAAAGUUGUAAAGUAAGGGAUGCACAUGUGAAAUCCACUGGGCACAUAGAUUUUCCCAGCUUAGUUUUACAACCUACACAAAGCAUCACAGAGAUGAAACAUGUGCAGUAUAUAAACAAGGCAAAAGGAAUAACAGAUUCAAGCUUUCACAGAGUAAAUCAGACAGCCUCUACCUUUCAAAAUAUGAAUCCCUUGGACUGGCCUUUACUUCAGCCUUCCAAAAUAUCAGGUUUGCAGAACAGCAACAAGAAAAUUCCAUGCUUAGUUUGUGGAGACACUUUCCAGUUGGAGAAAACCUGUAAACACUGCAGCUCCUUUUGUGCAACAGUACUGCAAGGAAGUUCAUAUUUACCUAUGAAUGAUUGUUCUACCCCCGAAAAGAAGGUGACCAGCAACAAGAUAACUGUUCAUGGCAAUGUCUUCCCUGAAAACAUAUGA